CGUCACUUCAUGUCUAGCAACAAAACACAUUGCGAAAUAAUAUGUUUUACCCGGAUGAGGUCGGCGAGACACGCGAUGGCUUCGAUCCACACGUACAGUAGCACGAGCACGUCGCCACCACGACAAUCAAAAAACGCACUCUACAACCUACCUAGACGUCAGCAGAUGUACUACGAUUUGCUGCCGUACGCGUAUCAAGAAGAAGAACUCUUGCAAUUUGGCAUAGUGUCAACUGAAAUGAUGGCUUUAGACAAGAACAGUGCCACUCUUGCUAAUAUGGAUUUGGACGUUUUUAAAAAGCUAAUUGAUUAUAAUAAGUAAUGAACUGUGGCCAGGAAUUUACGGUACAGUAACAGUUGUGUUGUGUUGGGUUGCGUGGGUUUGCUAGAGUAACAGUUGUGUUGA